AUGUCUACAAAUAUUCGAUCGGAGCGGCUGUCCAAGUAUUUUGGAACGGUCGUCAAUGGAAAGCAAGCAGUCCAGAACCAGAACGAUUUUAAGCGAUUUAUUGAAGCAAUUCUAGAUCAAAGCAGUCCUGGAAUUGUUGUCCAGCGGGUUAUCUCAAGUCAAAACGCUCUGAGUGGCUUUCGAGAUGGACUGAGGUUCAGCCUCACCCCGGUCUUUAUCAACGGCUACACCGCAAAGUUGAUUCAAUACUUGAACCAUCGCGAAGUCAAGCUCCUUUGCAACGGCCAGUUUCUCGAGCAGCUCCUUCUGAUUAUCUUGGAGCCUCGUACUCUCUGGGGCGCAUUUCUGGAGGCGUUCCGCACUCGGAAACUAGAAGAUCAUGCGAUCCAAGCUCUAUGCUGGCUGACGACCGAGUUGCUCUCAUUACCUUCCUCUUGCGGCGUGGAUGUUAGAGCCGAUGCCCAGGCUCUUUUGGACGAUGGAUCACUUUUCUCUUCGUCCUCGGUUGACAUACGAAACUUGGGCCACAAGAUCAAAUAUUGCCUGGAGAUGAAAUCAUCUGCAACCACCCUCCAAAACUCCGAGAUUACUGCGGGUGGUCGGCAUGAUAAUGACUUUGCUGAUUUUCGCUUGACGGCCAUCUUUCCUACGGCCGAUGAGAUGGGAUGUACGGAGAAACCGUUCUAUCGCCGUGCUGAAGACAUCGCGCAGCUGCCCUGUGGCCAACGUAUUGCGGGCCACGUGGACAAUCAGUUUCGUCUUCUACGAGAGGAUAUGCUCUCGGAGCUCCGCGAUGACAUCCAAGUUGCAAAAGGCACGAAGAAGGGCCGGCGGUCGGCUUUCCACUUACGGAAUCUCUUUCUCGCUCAUGUUUGCUGCACUUCUGGAGCCUCAAACCGCCUUCGACCGUGUACCAUUGGUGUUACUGCCCAGUAUGGGCUUGAGAGACUCAUGAAACUGCCAGCAGAUGGCCGCAAGCGUUUCUUGAAGGAGACCCCUCAGUUUGUUAAGCAUCGUGCCUUCGGUUGCUUGAUCAGAGGCACAGAAAUUGUCGCUUUUGCUACAAUCGAAAGAGACAUCGAUGGACUGGUUACCGACCCCCCAGUGGUUAUGCUACGUAUUACAGGCGAAGAGGCGCUGAGAAAGUCUCUUCUUUACCUUAAGCUUUAUCCCGACGUGGAGUACUUACUCGUUGACACAGCAAUGUUUGCAUACGAGCCAAUUUUGAAAUGCCUGCAAGAGAGAAUAGAGCUGCCUCUCACAGAGGAAUUGUUCCUCUACGAGAGAGACAACCCGUUGAAAGAUUCAAGUCUAGUUCCUUGGAAGGUGGUCAACAAGUUGAAAGAAGAAUAUGGAUGUAAUGUCCAGAGCACCCUUGGAACCUCAAAGCCAGUGACACUAGACUCUUCCCAGUUAGAUUCUCUGCUGGCCGGGUUAACACAACGAGUGAGUCUUAUUCAAGGACCCCCAGGUACGGGGAAGUCAUUUAUUGGCGCCCUUCUCGCAAAAGCCCUGCAUGGUAAUACCAAAGACAGAAUCCUGGUUAUGUGCUACACAAAUCAUGCCUUGGACCAGUUUUUGGAAGACUUGCUAGACAUCGGUAUCGAUUCCUCUGACAUUGUCAGACUGGGAUCUAAGUCGACACCACGCACCGAGCCACUUGGAUUGUUUAGGCAGCAUUCAUCCUACAAGAGAGAUCAAUCUACUUGGAACACCAUCAAUGCACUCGAAGCGGAGGGAAAUGAGCAAAGGCAGAGUUUGGAUAGUUCCUUUCAGAACUACAAGAGCCUCAUAGCUAAUGCUGCAUCCAUCUUGGACUAUCUGGAGUUUGAAGAGCCAGAGUACUUUACAGCUCUGACCGUACCAGAGGAUGAGAACGGCAUGACUAUGGUCACCAAGGGUGGAAAAUCAAUCAAGAAAAGCUACCUUUAUGAAAGAUGGAUCAAGAAUAAAGGCCCAGGAGUGUGUGCUGAUCUUCUUCCUGCCCACUGCUGUGACAUCUGGGCACUGGAUCAGAAGAUACGGGAGGAGAAAGAGAGGACUUGGAAAAGGGCUCUGUUGAGUGAACAGGCGGACACCUUGAGCGUUAAAAUAGGGUUGUUCGAUAAAUGCCAAAGCCGACUGAGCGCUACCCUGGGGGAGAAAAACCGCGAAAUCUUGAAGUCAAAGCGAAUCAUCGGCUGCACCACUACAGCAGCGGCAAUGUAUUCUGAAGACAUUCGACAUGCUUCGCCUGGCAUCGUGCUUCUUGAGGAAGCGGGCGAGAUCCUUGAGUCCCAUGUGCUCACCGCAAUGACGCCGGAUACCAAGCAUUUGAUCUUGAUAGGAGAUCAUCAACAGCUGCGACCGAAGAUCAACAGUUACACCUUGAGCACUGAGAAAGGGGAUGGUUAUGACCUGAACGUCUCUCUUUUCGAGCGACUCAUACAUGCCGGCUUUCCCCAUACGACACUGAUGAAGCAGCAUAGAAUGUGUCCCGAGAUCUCAAGUCUUGUGCGCAAUCUCACCUACCCUGGACUGGAAGACGACAAAAAGACCAAAAACCGUCCUCAGCCACGAGGGCUGUGCGACCGAGUUAUAUUUUUCCAUCAUAAAAACCCCGAAGAUAUUGUCUCCGAGGUCUCUGACCGACGUGACGAAAACUCGAAAGGGAGUAAGAGGAACUCGUUUGAGGCAGACAUUGUCCUGAAGAUCGUGAAGUAUCUUGGACAGCAGGGGUAUGGAACAGACAAGUUGGUCAUAUUGACUCCAUAUUUGGGUCAGCUGAGUCUACUAAGAGAGACUCUAAGCAAGCAAAACGACCCAGUCCUAAAUGAUCUCGAUUCGCAUGACCUUGUCAAAGCAGGGCUUCUAUCUCGAGCAAGCGCUUCCCACUCCAAGCGUCAAAUCAAGCUGUCUACAAUUGACAAUUUCCAAGGAGAAGAGAGUGAAAUCGUUAUAGCUUCACUCACUCGCAGCAACAAAACUGGCGACAUAGGGUUCAUGGCAGCCCCCGAGCGCCUCAACGUCCUUCUUUCCCGGGCUCGGAAUGUUCUCAUUUUGGUGGGGAACUCGGAAACUUUUGUCUCUAGUCGAAAGGGCCAAAAACAUUGGAUACCAUUCGUUGACCAACUGAAGUCCGAGGGCCACCUGUAUGAUGGACUGCCCGUUCAAUGCGAACAACAUCCUCAAACAAACGCCAUUCUACGAACCGUGGACGACUUCGCGAGAGAGUGCCCGGAUGGAGGAUGCUCUGCACCCUGCGGCGUGAAACUGAGUUGCGGAGUACACGAGUGCCCGUCAAAAUGCCAUCAGCUUGCAGACCAUUCAAAAAUGAAGUGCACGAGGCCUGUGGAAUGGAAGUGUCCCCGAGGUCAUACUUUACAUCUACCGUGUUCCCAGGCCAAGCGUUCGUGUCGUUUCUGCAUCCUGGAAGAUCAGGUCAAAGAACGCAAGCGCAAACGCGAUCUCGAGUUGGAGACUGAACGACAAAGGAAGCAGACUGAGUACGCCCGACAGCUUGCAGAGGCUCAGGAGGAGGCUGCGCAUCUCAAGCGUCUGCGACGUGAUGAAUAUGAUGAUGCGGAACGUGCGAGGGUUCUUGAGCAACACCGUCAGGAAAUUGAGAAUUUGAGAAAUCCCCCUAGACCACCAUCUCCUCAACAGAACACCAACCCUGGAAUAAUUGCGAGCGCAAUCUCAGCUUUCAAGGAAGCAAGCACAGAUCCGAAUGUUACAGUCACUCAAAGCCCAAGAGUUAAGUCACCAAGUGGACAGGUAAUGCCGGCGCAAAAGGUAUCGGCGGCUAAAAACGACUGGGAACAUCAAAAGAAAUUCUACAACGCCCAAAGUCAGGAGAUUGACAAGUUAAUCGACAUGAUCGGACUUGAAUCAGUGAAAGCAAAGUUCUUGUCUAUCAAAGAUAAAGUGGACGUUGCCACCAGACAAAACAUCGAUUUGAGCCGCGAUCGAUAUGGAUCUGUAUUGCUUGGGAAUCCUGGUAGCGGCAAGACAACCGUUGCCCGUCUCUAUGCAAAGUUCUUAUCAUCCAUGGGGAUCAUUCCCGGCGACAAAUUCAUCGAGACAACCGGGUCCAGGCUCGCGAAUGAUGGUAUUUCGGGAUGUCAAAAAACCAUCGAAACCCUCUUGAAAGAUGGAGGCGGUGCCAUCUUCAUUGAUGAAGCAUACCAACUCGUCGGCGGUAGUUUCGGUGGUACCCAGGUUCUGGACUUCCUCUUGGCCGAAAUUGAAAACCUCACGGGGAAAGUGGUAUUUAUUCUUGCCGGAUAUCAACGACCGAUGGAGAAAUUCUUCGCUCACAAUCCAGGGCUUCUCAGUCGGUUCCCGCAUGAGCUCAAGUUCGAAGAUUUUGAUGAUACUGAGCUGAUGCAGAUUUUGGUGGGAUGCAUCGAGAAGACGUAUAGGAAGCAGAUGAAAGUCGAGGAUAACCUUGGAGGACUUUACUGCCGCAUUGUAGCUCGUCGUGUUGGGAACGGACGUGGGCGCGAGGGCUUUGCUAAUGCAAGAGCUGUUGAGAACGCCAUGUCUAAAAUCUCCGAGCGUCAAACUUCACGGAUCAGCCUGGAAAGACGACAGGGUGGCAGCAAAGUUGAUGAUUUCUUCCUAAGCAAGGAAGACAUGAUUGGGCCGGAUCCAUCGCAGGCUUUGAAAUCAUCGCAUGCUUGGCAAGAGCUGCAGACCAUGAUUGGUUUGGACGCUGUGAAGAAGACAGUGGAGGCAAUUAUAGACACCAUGCGCUAUAACUACCAGCGUGAGCUAGAUGAGAAGCCCCUCGUUGAGUACAAUCUCAACAAGGUUUUCCUGGGAAACCCUGGAACUGGAAAAACUUCAAUUGCAAAGAUCUACGGCCAGAUACUUGUGGAUAUUGGGUGCCUGUCUAAUGGUGAAGUGGUGGUGAAGAACCCAUCAGACUUUGUUGGCAGCGUGAUGGGAGAGUCCGAAAAGAAUACCAAAGGAAUACUGGCAUCUACAUUGGGUAAAGUUCUAGUCAUCGACGAGGCCUAUGGACUGUUUGCUGGAGGCACCUCGGAUGGGGCAAGUUCCAAGAGUGAUCCAUACAGAGCUGCUGUGAUAGACACCAUUGUGGCAGAGGUACAAAGCACGCCUGGUGACGAUAGGUGUGUCUUGCUUCUGGGUUACAAGGACCUUAUGGAAGAGAUGUUUCAGAAGGUCAACCCUGGUCUCAGCCGACGCUUUCCAAUUGACCAGGCAUUUGUCUUUGAAGACUUCACCUCGAGUGAACUCGAUGCGAUAUUAAACCUGAAGCUCAAGGAACAAGGAUUUGACAUAACUGAUAUCGGCCGCCGCGUGGUACUGGAGAUGCUUGAGCGUGCUCGGAAUCGACCGCAUUUUGGAAAUGCAGGCGAGAUAGAUAUUCUGCUCAAUACCGCCAAGAUGCGGUAUCAAAAGCGCCUAUCUUCUACCCAACGCCCCGGUUCUGUUCCAGAUUCUGUUCUUGAUGCUCCUGACUUUGAUGAAGAUUUCGAUCGCGCAGAUAAGACGGAUAGUGUUGCCAAGUUGUUCGAAGGCGUCAUAGGAUGUGAAGAUAUAAUUACCAAGCUGGAGAGCUAUCGGCAAAUGGUUCAGAGCCUCAGACGACUAGACAUGGAUCCUCGCAGACAGGUGCCAUUCAACUUUGUUUUCCGUGGUCCUCCAGGUAUACAAAUCUCCAUUCACAGUCUUCUGUACCCCGAAACAUUGCUGACAUAUGACCCUUCCCUAGGUACUGGAAAGACAAGCACAGCCAGAAAGAUGGGUCAGGUCUACUACGAUAUGGGCUUAUUGGCUUCGAGUGAAGUGGUCGAAACCUCAGCAACGGACCUGGUGGGUCAAUACGUAGGCCAGACAGGUCCGAAGACCCAACAAGUCCUAGAACGUGGCCUUGGAAAAGUAUUAUUCAUUGACGAAGCCUAUCGGCUCGCCGAGGGAAAUUUCGCCAAAGAGGCGAUGGAUGAGAUUGUGGAUGGCAUUACCAAGCCCAGAUUUGCUCAAAAGAUGAUCAUCAUUUUAGCCGGUUAUGAUGAGGACAUCAACCGUCUUAUGUCAAUCAACCUUGGUCUCACCAGUCGUUUCCCAGAGUCUCUUCAAUUUGACCCACUGUCCCCGGCAGACUGUGUCAAAUUAAUGUGCGAGCUCUUGAUGAAAGAGAAGCGAGAUCUUUCAAGCAACUCACAAGCGCAAUUUGAUCUGGUCUGCUUAGAGAGUCCAGACUUCGAGUUUAUGAAAGGAAUGUCGGAGCGCUUUGAUAAACUUUCAAAAACCGCUGGCUGGGCAAACGCACGAGACGUUGGGACACUGACGAACACCAUCUUUGGCAGAACUCUUCAAGCAUCCAGUGGAAAGAAGCUGAUUCUGAGCGAAGCUACGGUGCUCCAGGUUCUGGACUCAAUGAUCAAUGAGCGAUCCAGCCGUGAAGUCUACCCGCAAACACCUCUAUCAAUUGCGACCAAACUGCGGGAGCAAACAGACCUAGCUAUCCGCACUAAACCUUCGAGCAAACCUGUUACAGAAUUGAAAAGUCAAGACUCAAUCAACGAGGAUAUGGCCUCCGAAAAGGAACCAGCCACGAUGGUGCCUGAAGCAAACAAAUCCAUUGACACCACGAAUCGAGAUGCCGGCGUCACAGACGAAGUGUGGUAUCAACUCGAAAAGGACAAAGCUCUGGCAGCAGCCAAAGAGAAAGAAUAUCUACGUUUAAAAGAAGAAGAGGAAGAGCGGGAGAAGGAGAUAUUGAAAUUGAAGGCAGAGGAGGAAAAGGCAGCACGGGAGCUGGAAGAGGCAAAGAAGAAAGCAGAUGAAGAUGUCAAAAGACGCCAUGAACAAGCUCGACUGCGGCAUGAAUUGGAGCGCAGGCGACAAGAAGCAAUCUUGGAAACGCUCCGCAAGCAAAAAGAAGCCUUGGCUGAAGCACGCCGUAAGGAACAAGCUAAUCAGGCAAAGCUGCGGAACAUGGGCGUUUGUGUCGCUGGUUUUCAGUGGAUUAAACAAAGCGGCGGAUAUCGAUGUGCUGGUGGUUUCCAUUGGGUUUCGGAUGCUCAACUUGGAAACUUCUGA